GGCUGAACCUGGACGCCUGUCGUCCCUAAAUAUAACCUUGACGAGGGUACUGGAGUAGGAGGCUGGGUUGGGAACGGAUACAGAGAGCCCGGAGACAGCGAGAAACACCCAGACACCCGGCUACUCACAUUGACUAGCACGGAGAGGCAGAGAUCCGCACACACUCAACUCUACAGCUGCGCUGACAUGCGCACAGCUCUGCAGAGAAAGAGGCAACGCAGCAUAUAAAUCUCAGCACCAUUCACACCCAACCACGCGCACACCCAGGUGCUGACAUCCACUCUCACGGGGCACCGAGAGACAAACGCAUCCAUACACAGCCUCACACUCACACAGAUACACAGAUACACACAUACGCUCACCCACUCACCCACCUACUUAAAUUAGCACACACACACAUAUCAUAUCCAUAAAUACAAUUCACCCACACACACCCAUAUUACCCACCCAAUCACACUGAGACACACUCCCACCUACGCAACCACGCACACCUCCAUUCACUCACCAACACACAUCCACUUACACAGCCAGUCACAUUCAUACCUACACCCACACACACACAGAUUCACACACACACACACCUACACAGCCACACACAUACACAUCCUCGCAGCCUCACUGAGACCGACGCAGCCAGCAUGCCGCGUGUGGAUGCAGACCUGAAACUCGACUUCAAGGAUGUUCUCUUCAGACCCAAGCGGAGCAGCCUCAAGAGCCGCUCAGAGGUGGACUUGACGCGCACGUUCACGUUCCGGAACUCGCAGCGCACCUACCAUGGCAUCCCAAUCAUCGCCGCCAACAUGGACACCGUGGGCACCUUCGAGAUGGCUCGCGCCUUCAGCAAGCACACGAUGUUCACCGCGAUACACAAGCACUACAGCGUGGACGAGUGGCGAGACUUUGCCAACAAAAACCCAGAGUGCUUGGAGCACAUAGCGGCGAGCUCGGGGAGCGGCCCAAGCGACAUGGAGCGGCUGGCGGCCGUGCUGGACGCCGUGCCGGCCGUGCGCUACAUCUGCCUGGACGUGGCCAACGGCUACUCGGAGCACUUUGUGGAGUUCGUGCGCAGCGUGCGAGAGCGCUUCCCCAAGCACACCAUCAUGGCAGGGAACGUGGUGACGGGGGAGAUGGUGGAGGAGCUGAUCCUGACAGGGGCUGAUAUCAUCAAAGUGGGGAUCGGACCAGGCUCGGUGUGCACGACGCGGCGCAAGACCGGCGUGGGCUACCCGCAGCUGAGCGCCGUCAUCGAGUGCGGGGACGCGGCACACGGCCUCAAGGGACACAUCAUCUCGGACGGAGGUUGCACGUGUCCCGGAGACGUCGCCAAGGCGUUCGGCGCGGGCGCGGACUUCGUGAUGCUGGGCGGCAUGCUGUCGGGACACGACCAGUGCGGUGGGGAGACCCUGGAGCGCGAUGGCAAGAAGGUGAAACUCUUCUACGGGAUGAGCUCCGACAUGGCCAUGAAGAAGUACUCGGGAGGAGUGGCGGAGUAUCGCGCGUCCGAGGGCAAAGCCGUGGAGGUCGAGUACCGCGGCGACGCGGAACACACCAUCCGCGACAUCCUCGGGGGCCUGCGCUCCACCUGCACCUACGUGGGAGCCGCCAAGCUCAAGGAGCUGAGCCGACGCACCACCUUCAUCCGCGUCACGCAGCAGCUCAACAGCAUGUUCAGCUGAGCCACCGCGCCCGCCACCCGGGGCGUCGGCCGCAUGCGAAGAGUUGGGACGUCGGAUUAUUUAAGCCGUCGACUAUUCCGCCGGUUGUCGGUUCGAUCGCUCGAACAAAUCGGUGAGAGAGAGAGAGCGCGAAAGACGGCUGAGAAGCAAAUGUCCCACCUCUGCUAACCCGUCAUGCCGCCAGACGGGAGGUUGUGGCCUUUGGCAUCAUGAGCUCACGUGCCCAGGAAACAUGGAACGUUGAGACAAAUUCGGCCCUACGUCAAUCCAACGGUUGCAACCACUGGUGAACGUUGACCCGACGUUGCAUGUUUACUGGGUCGUGGCGGGUGUGGCGUGUCGGGAGUUUGCGACCUCUGGGCAGGAUGUUGUGGGGGCACUUGCCAUUUGGAAAGGAGCCCCGAGCAAAAUACCACAAACUUAAUUCAGUUGGUUAUACAUUUUCAUCGAUUCAUCGAAUGGACCGAAUCAUCAUCCCAGCUCUACUAAUCCCCCCAUCCCCCACGCCUGAACCUCCUCUCCCCACACAGACCCCUGCUCGUCAAGGUGCCCCAGUGGCGCCAGUAGCUGUGGACUCGCUUGCCAUUGCGGAUUGUAGUUGUGCCUCUUGUAACACGGAAGAAAAUCAAACGGUUCAGUGUUAUAACCUUUACGGCUGGCCAUGUAACCGACGCACCCACCCACCCGGCGACUCGGUGCAUUGUCACGAUGCAUGGGCGUGAUUUGAAUCAACAAUCGAUUUUUUUUGUCUCGUUUUUACCGUCUCGUUUGUAUUAUCUCGUUUUCUUUUCCAUCCCAUUUCUACAGUUUUGUGCGAUUAACAUUCACAUACAUUUUAAAUAAUCAGUUCUGAUACGCAUGGCUUGAUGAAUGUAUUGCGAUCUGAAUAAUCGAUUGUAAUCGAAGACUUGGCGGAUUGCUACACGCAGAGCACCUACCAAAGCAUUUAGGUAAAAUGAGACAAUUUAAUUUAUUUUCUCCGUGCGAAAGAUUUCACUUGGGGCAGGUGGUUAAUUCCUCCGAAACACUUUUGGUCUUGCCGUGUACUUUAUGUUUUACUUCCUAUCUCUAAUACCUAACGAAGUGACCAUCGCGAUCGAGUCAGAUCACUGAAGCGAUCCAGGUUGAGAGCAUGGCCUAGAUUAGUUCGAUACGUUUGUGUUACCCACGCUCUAAGGCGGGAUGCCCCGUGCGUCCGUGCGUGUGUUUCCGUCAAAAAGGCAUGCUCAGAAAAAUGAAGAUGUAAAAAUCCCAUGUCCUUUAAAGGUAGGUUUAUUUAAAAUGCAUAUUGUGCCAUAAAAACAAACAAACUGGAAUAAACUAUGACAUUUCAGAGGUUCGGGGAAUUUUUAAUUAUGUCACUGAACAAGAACUCGCGAAAGGUUGCACCCGUCGUCUCACAGCCAAUCGCACCCGGCGCUCGCUGCAGAUCGUGUCACCCACAGGACCUCUUGAGGUAUGCCGGGCCAGAACGGCUGAAUAACGUUUCCACGACGACAGAUUUGGGGGCGCAGACACGACUGCGUGGUGCUGCCCGACUUGCGAGCGAGUUCCCGAAGGUUGUUGGCCCAGUUACGGACGGGAUUCGUAAAAUUUCGAUUGAAAGCUUCUUUCGUGACUGCAGGGAUUCAUCUUCUUGGUUCUUUCGGUAAGGUCAUCACGUAGAAGGGAAAUAAUAAAAUAGUAAAAAUAAAAUAUUAUAAAAUAAUUCUCACGACGUUUCGGCCACAACGCAAGCAGCCGU